UCUUGACGGGGCCCUAGAUCCAACAACUGUGGCGCUCACCCGAUGGCCGAACGAUCCACGCACCUUACGUAUGGCUAGAUAUACAACACAUUCACGAGGGAAAAGAUGCGCUGGGCGGAGGUCGCACGCACUCAAGGAAUAUUUCGCAGUUUGAUUGGAGGCGUCACCGACAUGAUCGCCACCACCGACAGCCUCGCGCAAACACAAGACGAUCUGUUGGCAACCAGCCGGGGGCUUCUGGAAGAGCUCCGACUACACGACACAGCCCGCCAGGCGGACGCGAUCGAAACAAGGGCGGACAAGAUACGCCAGACUUGCGCUGCGCUGGAGAGGGUCACCGAUCGCCUCGCGGCUUUGAGACGACGCGCGCAGGUGCUGGAAGCGGAGCUAGAAGCGGACGGCUGCGUGGCCGGAGAUGGAGUCUCGGAUCUCUGCCUUUGAGGCCUCUCCUUGUUAUUGCUGUAGUCUGCCUUUCGAGGCCUUUGUUGUUUCUGCUGCUGCUGCAGACUUAUACCCUCAAAAGUAUUUAACGCUUGAAGCUCCUGCUUUUCAAGGACACCACCAUUGGGGGUACAUCAAAGGGACGCCAUUGUUUUCGGACCGCCUUCGCGGGAAUUUCAAUAUUGCAAGGAAAUAGAACAGGGAGGGGGUACGCAGGCCCUAUUUCCUAACCCUACCUGACCCAAUUUCCCCGAUUGUAUGCUUUAUCCAACAUGUUUCCUGAAUGCAACAACCUUGCGAAGGCUACCGUUAUCAAAAGCACGGUGCCCGCCAGAAUGUAAAAACAGUAGCGGGGGGUGUAAGCACAUUCUUCAAGAACCACACCAUUAGUGUCCAUUAACCGGGGAUGACUGCUCUACUUUAGUGUAGUACCGAAAAGGGUGUUUAAAUGGCUACUUGAUCGUUCAGAUCGGCGGCAGCGUUUCGACGGGCCCGGAGUCGGAUCGCACGAUUUAAUUGGUCAAAGCGGAGCUGCUGCCGUGCACUGGUUGGCCGGCGGCGAAAUUGACGGGCGGCCGGGUAGAUUUCGAUCCGCCUCCAUCAUCAAGACGCUGCAACGUCACGUAGACGACACUUUGUUGGGGGGUUCGUGAUUGCACAGGGGGGGAUCGUCGUAGAUCGAAAUAAGGCGAAAGGUCCGUUAGAUUGGUCGAGGCGUUCGAACGCUUGGAAACCGUUUGUGACAGAGCUUGGAUGAGGCUUUUUCGGUGGAAACGGAACAAGACCGUCACAGUUGCUUUGAACUUGCGGCGUUUUAGGUUUGGUUUUGCCCGGUUGGUUGUGGUAGCGUGUAGUGGCGGGGGUAGUUGUAGAGGUGGUGGUGGUAUGUUGGUGACGAUUGGUCUUGCGCAAGAUGGACGGGGUGGCAUCUACUGCGUAGCAUUGUAAAUAUGACAGGUGGUCAGCCGGGAGCAACGUACGGCGCUCGACGGAAUUGCCGAGCGAGAUGGUCAGAUGAGAAUGCGUGGCUGGCUACCGAUCAGUCUCCCGGGACCCUCGAGGCUGUAAUUUGUCGAAAAAAUGGAAGGGUGUUUGAUUGUCGAGCCAACAGCGGGGGUAUAUACGAACAACGUUGCGAGGGCGACCGAGCGUGUCGUGGAUGGGGCAGCCU